CCAGCUCUCGCAUUGUGACAUUGGAUGCUAUCAGAGGCGGCAGGUUCUAUCCCCUAGUAAACACAGCAGCGAUUCCUGCCUUCUAGGAAACCACGGCUGUAUGCGACAGUUAAGCUAUGGACUUUAUAAAAUGUGUUUGGCAGAGCAAAUGAUACACAUGUGGAAACCCAACAUACAGAUUCACCUCAUAUAAGACAAAAAACACAGGACGCAAAUUAUUUGAGACAUUGCCAUCGAUUACGUCACAGAAAAUUGUCACCAUGGAAACGGCGCUCACUAACUCCACUAACGCGUCAUACGAGUAUGACCUACUCGAGUAUUGUGAUGAAGACAACACAUCAUCUGUCGGCAACAACACGAUGGGUAUUGCCAACGCCAUUUCCAGCAUGACUGUCAUACUUGUGACGUCAUACUCUUUGAUAUGUUUCAUAGGUCUGAUAGGAAAUGGAUUGGUGAUAUAUGUUGUUCUUCGAUUCGCUAAAAUGAAAACUGUCACAAACUUAUACAUUUUAAAUUUAGCUAUAUCUGACGCUUUUUUCCUCAUGAGUUUGCCGUUUUUAAUAACGACCUCCAUUCUUCAUUACUGGCCUUUCGGGGCUGCCAUGUGUAAAAUUUUCUUCGUCUUAGUAUCAAUCAACCUCUUUACUGGAAUAUUCACACUGACCGCUCUGAGCGGUGACAGAUAUUUGGCUGUCUGUCAUCCCGUACGGUCAAGCCAAUACAGGACCACGAACAUCGCGUUCUUUGUGUGUCUAUGUCUGUGGUCAAUAUCCUUCAUAGUGAUGUUACCCAUAAUUCUCUACUCCACCACAGUCAAGCAAAUGGGCGAAGAUUCCCACGAAACCUGCACCAUCGUCUGGCCAAAAGGACAAUUGAUACCAGCUAGUAAGGCGUUUACCUGGUACACGUUCCUGCUUGGUUUUGCCAUACCUGUAUCGAUGAUAUCCGUUCUUUAUCUAUCAGUCAUCCUUCGCCUACGAACGGUGGGACCAGUUAUCAAAUCCAAGGAAAAGAAAAGAACACAUAGGAAAGUGACCCGGAUGGUCCUUACAGUUAUCUUUGUGUAUAUAAUUUGUUGGCUUCCCUACUGGGGAUUCCAAGUUAACCUCACAUUCAUGAAGUCUGGAUUCAGCCUACCGGAGUGGCGAGUGUACCUGUUUAGUUUUUUCACUGUUCUCACCAACGCGAAUAGCAUGCUGAAUCCUGUGCUAUAUGCUUUCCUUAGCGACAAUUUCCGUCGUAGUUUUGCGAAGGCAUUCAAAUGCCUUGGACGAGCCGACAUGGAUCGCAGCAUAUACACAAGGGAAAGUAGCUUUCCCGCCAAAAGUAAACAAUGGCGCAACGAUUCGUGCAAAGCGCAAAAGGGAGAUAAGUACGAAAUGGCUACGAUGCUAACUAGUGCUGAGAACACACAGCAAAAUCCUAAAUCGGGAAGCAAGGGAUCGAUCAAUGAUGAGAGUAACUUAUAUGUAGACAAAGAGAGUCAAACACAAUGACUCGCAACAGCGAUCACGUGGUGAUUUCCUUAUAUCAAAAAUGACAAAUCUACGGGAGGAUAAUUGCCACGUGUUGUGUCAAUGAAGUAUGAAGAAACGAGACAAUUCCUCUGGUCUGUGUUUUUCCGAGAUGGACGCUUUAGAAAGCGCGACAUUAUUUCAUCAAGUACUGUACUUUACUUAAAUAUGUGAAAAUGUCAAUUGUUUACCGAUUGAAUCAUACUGGUUAACCAUACUGCCUUUCAGACAAUUUAGGAACAAACAUGUGGGGAAAAGUCAGGAUCGUAUGGGUGUUUAACAUCAACACAGUAGACAAACGUGGAAUGACGUAGAUGUAGUUCCGGUUACCUGAAACACAGUAUAACAUGUAUUAUGUUACUAGACGUAGUACAUGAACCGUAAUGGGCCGAAUUUACAUGAGAAAUUGUGUGAGACUUCUAUACCUAAAUUUCUAUUGUACCGACUUAUAUUGUGACAAUGUAAUAUAUCUUUGGAAAUUAUUUGAACAUAGCUCGCCUGUUGUUCAUAGUGUGCAUAUGUGUGUGAUACUAAGUAGUGUUGUCGUAUCUCAGACCAUGACACAGCGAUUGUCUGAACUUAACUGGUUGAUUGAUUUAUAUAUAUAUAUAUUGAUAUAAAUAUGAAUUUGAUCAGCCUUUCUUUGUUGUACCCUUGUUAAUACUUAGAGCUCUAGUAAAGUAUCUACUAUAUAGUAUCCAACGAAAAUAUCAAAGGCAAAAUCGAACUUGAUACUUAUUCCGAUAGUAUAGGCUCAGACAAAUUCGACAAAUUGAGUUUAAAUAAUACAUAAUCGAAUUAUCUUACACACAAAAAUUUCGACAAACUGAAGAUAAAGAAUUUGACAAAUAGAAGAUAAAUAUUGCAUAAUCGCGAACAAAAAAAAAGGUUCGACAAAUUGAAGUUAAGGAAUUCGACAAAUUGAACAUAUAUAUUGUAUAAUCGAACUAUCGCGAACCAAGAAAUUCGAUAAACCAAAAAUAAAUGUUUCAUAACCGAGGUAUCGCACACAAAGAAGUUUGACCAAUCGAAGAUAAAAAUAAUUCGACAAAUCGAAGUUAAAUAUUACAUAACCGUGUUAGCGCACAAAAAGGAUUUCGACCAAUCGCAGUUAAUAAAGAUCGACAAAUUGAAGAUAAAUAUUAAAUAACCGUGUUAUCGCCCACAAAGAAGUUCGACAAAUCGAAGUUAGGUAUAUUCGACAAAUCGAAGAUAGAUAUUACAUAACCAUGUCAUAUUGUAUUGAAAACAAAAAAGGAGAUUUUACAGUACCAGUUUGUUUCAAAUCUCGUGAAAGAAUCUUUUGACAUUAAAGUACCAAUUUGUGAGACGACACCAAAUCGUCUUUAUAAUUUGUACACAGAAAAGAAUAAUUUUGAGUGAAAUGUCCUUUGUCUAAUGAUUAAUAUAUUUCUAUUGUUUUAAAACUCUAUUGUUAUAUAUCUCUAACAAAGGAUAUAUGAUUCAUUAUCUUUGUUUUAAUGGUUUAUCAUUGUUGUCGGCUGUGUUAUCUAUUGAUAACGAUGCUUAUAAUUGGUUAUUUUUAUUCUUUCCUCUGGCCAUUUUCAGCUUCUAACUGUUCCUGACAAAAACUGUGUAUGGAAUGUUUAAGGAAUGAAGCAAAUAUAAAUAUCAUGUGUCGUUACAUGGAAUCUUGAAAUUUUAUUCUUUUUGAAUGAACUAUUCAUUCAACGUUAUCAAAAUAAGUAUUUGUGUAAAUGUUGAUAUAUAUUUUAAACUCAAUUAUGAGUUGUUAAUAUUUUAUUAACGAGUAUAUUUUCUGAAUGUCAUUAGAAUGUGCUAGAAUGGUUAACUGUUUAUGUUGUUUGUGUAAUAAAUGAUUGUUAUAUAACAUG